UUUCCUUCUUUUCAUCAAAUUUCUUAUCACAGUUGCGAAUUUUCUUUUUAAGUUUUUAUUUCGAUUCAUUUUCGGCGAUUAAAGAAAAGUAAUUGCCUGAACUCAUUGUAUGUUAACAUUAUUGAAUAACAAUGAAAACCAAAAAGAAAGUUUCUAAAAAACUCAAAAGUUCGUGGAGAAAACACGUCGAUGUUUCAGACGUCGAAGCAUUUCUGGAUGAUAAAAGAUUAGAAGAACGUCUCGGAGUCCCAUUUGCCAAACGUAAGGAUGACGAUUUAUUCACAAUUGACACUAAACCUUCAACUCUCAUCCGCGAAUCGCUGUUCACAUCGAAGAAAGAAAAAGCUCGUAAUUUACCUCUGAAAUGUUUCGCAGCAUUAGAGAAUACUUCUGCAGUCCCAGACCCUGUUAUUAAAAGAAAUACGGUGCGUUCUAAAGAAGAACGUCAACACCCAGCGCUGAGAAAGAAGAAUGAAACUCGCCGAAAAGCUGGCAUUUUAAAGAAAAAAGAAUUCAAAGAAUUGAAUAAGUAUUUCCAAAGACGUGUAAGUCAAUUAAAGCAAAAACCCAAACGCAAAGUUGCUGUUGGUAAUGACCCAUGGGUGGAAACUCCAGAUGAUUCAAAAUUAUCUAAAUUGAAGAACUGGAUGAACAGUAACACACUUCUACAUACCGUUCGAAAUGUUAGUUGCUUCAAAGAAUCAUCCAAUUAUCGACCGGAGAAAGUUGUUACCGAAGUUUCUUCGUUUGAAGUACCUCAUCCUGGUAUCUCGUAUAACCCAACUUUCCAAGAUCACUUGACUUUGGUGAAAGAAGUCGCCGAAAAAGAAAUAGACCUUCAGAAGAAAGAGGCUCAUUUGGAUAGAGUCACUCAGAAUCUUUUCAAACAGAUUACAGCAGAGCAAAAUGAGAAAAAUUGGUUGGAGGAAAUGUCCGAAGGAUUACCAAUCAGCAAUAGUAACGCCGGAAAGGAUACUCAAGAUGAGAGCGAUGUUAGUGAUGGAGAAUAUAAAGCUAUCAACCCUCCUGUGACAAGAGAAAAGAAGAAAACAAUUAAACAACGAAAGAAAUUAUUGAAACUGAAACAAGAAGAAUUACAGAGACAGGAAGAUAAAGAGCAGAAAAAGAAAGUGCAAGAUAUCAGCAAGAUACGAACUAUAAUGAACGAAGUACUUCAGAACGAAAAGAAGCAAAAGAGAAGAGAAUUGAAAAGAAUUAAGAAAGCUGCUGAAAAACUAGAAAAACCUGGACGAGUUGGAAAGAAUAAGUUUACCGGAGAUGAAUCCAACUUUACGAGUGUUAAUGAAUUAACCGGUAGUUUAAGAGAAAUAAUCCCCGUUGGUAAUAUAUUGAAGGAUCGAUUCCAUAGUUUGCAGAAACGAAGUUUGAUCGAAGUUGUGAAACCUCAAUUCAAGAAGAAGAAUAAGAGGAAGGUUAAAGCAUAUCAACUGUCAUCCCAUCGUUUGGAACCGAUUGAAUUUUCUGCUUCUGAUGUUAUGAAAAAUCUUAAACGAAAAAAGAAAACAAAAUAAAUAUUUUUGUUUGCGUUAGCA